CUUUUAAAAUCGAAUUUAAUCUACAACUUAUCAAAUUAAUUUUGAAAUAAAAUUCAAGUUAAAUUAUUAAUCGAUCUUCUGUCUAUCACAUAUCUUGUAAUGAUUUCUCUUGAAAUCGCUUAUUAGCAGGAAACUUGAUUUGGAAACCACUGGGCAGUCAGUAGGGUAACGAAUAGACAUGUUCGCACUGCAGUAUUGUUACUGAUAAUGCAAAUUUAAAGUUUUAUCUAAAUCAUAUAAUUUUUAGAGCCGGACUGAUUUAGUGUAUUAAGUCUAUUGAUAUUUAAUCAUCCCAUUUGAACUUUUUUUUUCAGGCCUUCAAGAUGAAGUUCAACAAAGCAGUUUCUGGAUCUAGACGCAAGAAUAGAGCCAGGCAUUUUAAUGCCCCUUCACACAUUAGAAGGAAAAUUAUGAGUGCUCCACUUUCUAAGGAGUUGCGUGCUAAGUACAAUGUGCGAAGUAUGCCUAUUAGAAAAGAUGAUGAAGUUCAGGUAAUUGAGACAUAAUCUAAAUGAAGUAAUAUAAUUAGGAAAUAUAAGCAGUUUAUUUAUAAAGACAAAAUAAGUGCUUAACUCAUUCCUGGCAGCUGUGACUAAAUGAAAGUGCGUCAUUUCAGAUCUACUGUCUGUGAUAACCAUUGUUGUGCCCCAAUUAGGCCCAACUGCAAAGGCUGGCUUCUGAAAAAAAUGUGAAACAAAAAGAGGUGACUUCAAAAUGCAGCAAAAGGGGUUAUUUGUUGCCUGCCAUGGACAGAUAAACAUCAGGUCAAUAUGAUCCACUAAAUCCAACCCAGAGAAGACAUCGGUUCAAUCCAAAGACAGCAUAAUCAAGCUGAAAUCCCCUUUAGUUACCGGUCUUAUUAUCCUGUAGAAAGACUAAGCCAUAAGUGUUGGAGUUAUCACUUUUAGUAUCUAAUCCAGAUAUCAGUCGUCAAUGGCUAUCUACUGCCACUACUGAUGAAUUCCCUUCUUAGUAAGUGCCCCUCAAGUUCUGUGCAAUUUUUCUGUGCAAAGCUUGCUCAACAAUUGCUAAAUUUUAAAAAUGAAAGUUACCUCAUCAAGCACUUUUUGUCUUAAGAGGCCAUAUAUUGCUGGCAUUGCAUGACCAUUCAGCCCCAAGCAUAGACUGUCUAUACUAGGGGUGUGCCGGAUCCGUUUUUUCCAACCGGAUCCAGAUUUUCUUAUGCGAAAUCCGCCGGAUCCGGAUUCCGGUUUCUCCCGGAUUCCGGAUUUUGGUACUAUUGGUAGAUACUUCGGUAAGUCAAGGUGGACUACUACUUUUUGUGUAUGGGAAUUCGCAAUCGGCGCCAAAAAAUCCGAGUUUUUAAUUUUCCGAUGUGUGUGUCUAUUUAUUAUUAAAUUAGUACUUUCGAUAUAUAUUUGAGUUCCGUUCCAUUUGGAUAAGUGUCUUACGAGAGACGCCAUGUUUCUACGCGUUCGCAGCAGGUUAUGCAGCUCGCUCAACCUAAUUUCGCCAUGGGGUUGGCCACGCCCCCCUUUUUAAUGGCGGAAGUUGACGAUACUUAGGAAAUAUUAAUUUAUUAUCACUAUUUACAUCAAAAUAAUUGAUAACUUGUGUUUCAGAAUGCAUUUAAAGACAUUUAAACUGGAAUGUUUUAAUUUGAGCUUUAACAACCCGGUAGAAUCCAUAUUAUAAAUGAUCAGAAUUUACCGUGUGCAACACGUUGUCAUUGGCAACCAUUCACAGCCACUUGCAUAACUGUAUCGUAGUACUACCUCAGAGUUUCAUUCAUAAGAGUUUGCCGUGUGCAAAAACUAUUAAACCAUUGGUCAGGGAAAGCUUUAAUUAAUUAUUCAUGUGCCAAAGUUGAAAGUUUAAACUAAGUCUAAACAGUAUUUUAGUGAUAAGGCAGGGAAUGCGUUGCCUUAUAUAAACUAUAUAGUCAUUGCGCAUGACGGGAUUGGUGGAAUGAGAUCACAGAAUGUGGAGAUGCAGUCCAUGUUAAAAAAUGACAAACCAAGUCGUACUUUAAAAAUUCAUAACUUUAAAACUACAACAGCUAAAAAUAUGAUUUUGGUGUUAUAAUUCUUUAAAAAAUUACAUCUUUUCAACUAUGCCAUUGGUUUAUUUUUACAAAAAGUUUAAAUUUUCUUAUCAAAGUCCCUACACUAUUGGCCACUAUUAGCUGUGCUGACUCUAGCCUCUGGUAUGUACGGAAUAUUAAACAUUAAACGAGCUCAACGCUCGAAACAAUCGAUUAAUGUAUCGUGAUCGUGUGAAAUUCGGGAAAGAGAAUUACUUUUAUUUCAGAUUAUGAUCCGGUGAGUCACAAAAUCUGGCAAAUUCCGAAAUCCGGUAUAUUCCGGAAUCCGGUUGUUCCGGAUACAUGUAAAUCCGGCGGAACCGGAUUUCACCGGAUAGUGCAAAAUCCGGCGGAACCGGAUUCCGGACCGGGGUCCGGCACACCCCUAGUCUAUACAAUACCGGGCAGAAAAUGUUGAUGCUAUCAGUGUGUGAUGGUAGUCACACAAAUGCCCAGCGGAAGGACAAAAGGCUGCUUUUUGCAUGCUGGACAAUGCUGUAGCAUUUACCAUGACAGCCUAAAACAAACUUUAGCACCCCUUAAAAUUGGAUGAAAUGUAAGAAACAAGUGUAUGAAAUGCCAUUAGUUAAUUUUUGUUUCUUUGGUAUUGUACCAGUAAUAUUACAAUUUUCCGAAAAAUUUUCAAAUUCUGAAUACCGGUACAAAAUGUUUUUAAUAAAUUAUAUAAUAUAGGGAAGCGUUAUCCGCACGGCUCUGCGAAUAAUGCUGAGCGUUAUCGGCUGAUCGAAAUCUUCUAAAAAUGCAGAGCGUUAUGUGCACAGCUGUGCCAAUAAUCACUUUGAUAUAUAAUAUAUAUAUAAAUGGUUUGACAAUGGGAGUAGCUUCCCUUGUCCAGGAAAAUGUAUAGAGUGAAUUUGCUGUUUUAGUUAAUAACAAAAAACAAUAGUUUUUCGACAGGAGCUUAAUUUUAUGGAUAGCUUAAUUUUAUGGCGAACAUAGCAACUUUAUUGUAUCCCUCUAGAUAUGCAGCAAGAAGUGUCGAUGACCUGUGGUCUCACUCCCCUCAACUAAAACACAAGCUAGUUUCACACUAUGGUUAGAAAAGUGUAAAAAUAAUAAAGAAAAACAAUACAAAAUAUUUUUAAAUAAUGAAAACCCAAUAUUACAGUUUCAUGGAUUACAUGAAAUAAAAUCCCAAAGUUAUCAGUUCAGAAUAAUGUAUAACCAUUCAAUCUGCAGCAUAACAAAUUAGCCUCUGUUCAAUUAUUAAAAUUAAUCCCCUAAUGAAAUAUUAAUGUACAAAAAAAGGAGAAAAUCCUACACAGAAACUCAGCCGAAGAUGCCUACUGUUUACUAAAAUGAAAUGGAUGGAUAAUAUUUUAGUAGUUUUUGUGAUAUGGUCAUUGCGUUUGAAAUAGUGUACCUGGUCCUAAGAACUUUCCAAUGUGUUUAAAUGCAUUACAAAGCAAGAAAAUUGAGAUUAAUACAGAAUAUAAUUUUUAUUUAUUAAAAAAAUAAAGUAAGAGUAAAGUAUUUUUGUAACAGAAAAAGGAUAGAUUAUCUGCAGUACCUAUUUCCUAUUUAAAAUAAUUUUAGUACAGUUGUCAAUUUUUUGUAUUUCUAUAAGUUUUCUAUUCUCUAUUUCUUUAGGUUGUUAGAGGUCAUUACAAAGGACAGCAGAUGGGAAAAGUAGUCCAGGUGUACAGGAAAAAGUUUGUGGUAUAUAUUGAACGCAUCCAAAGAGAAAAGGCUAAUGGUGCCACUGUUCAUGUUGGCAUCCACCCAUCAAAGGUAUGUUUUUUAUCUUUUGUUAUAAAGAUAUAAACUAGGCAUUCAACCUUAUAAAUGUAAAAUGAUUAUAGGCUUUCAUAAUGGGCGUGGGUACUCAAGUUAGAGGUAUUUUCAGGCGAAAGGUUUGUGCGAUUUUCUGAAACUUCUAUUUCAAGAAAAUUUAAAUGUUAAACCAUUAUGUUUCUAAUUAAUUUUAUUUAAUCCAUAGCCAUAGUUUUCUGUCUUUUAGUUUUACAACUGCUCAUCUCGGUUUUGUAAAUGAGGGUAAAUAUUUUGGCAUGGACUGUAGCAAUAAAAUCCAGCACCACUUUUUUAAAACUAGAAUUCACUGUUGUUUCUUUAAAUCAUGCAGAUCCUUUUACCUUUAAGAUUUUUCAAUAUUUAAUGUUAUUUUUUAUCCCUUUUGGUUUGAUAUCUGUCCAUCUGGGCAGUGUGUUAGUGUAAAUGAGGGUACAUUAUAUGUUAGGUAAAUGGUGCUAAGACUUAACAAUGGACUUAUGCCUUACCGAUCUAACAACACAAACUUUUGAUCAGAAAUCAUGAUUUUUUUUUGCAUAUUAAAUUAGUACUGGUAACAUACAUGUGAUCGUACCAACUUUUCUAUAAACUUGAUGCUGAUUCUCAUAAGUCUAAAAUUAGCACUUUGCAAAACAAAAGACUUUCUGAGUAAUAAUGACUUUUUGCAUUGACUGCCAAUUUCUCCAUCAAAAGGUUAACAGAUUUUAUAUGCCCAUUGCAUUUUAAGAUUUUCUAAUUUCAAACAUAAAAGGCUGACCAACUUACUUUGAUCAGUGCAUUGGUUAAUUUCAAUAGAGCCCAUUUUUAAUGCAUCUAAUCCAUUAUCGGUAAUGGUUUUAAUGUUAUUUUUCAGCCACUACUGUCCAGUUCUCAUUUGCUUCAUCUUUGUUUAGACUUAGUAUGAUAAGAGGGGACUCGGUUGACUUAUAUACCAGUAGUACAAUUGCAUCAUUGUUUCUGCUCUUUUUAACGGUUAAUUAAAAUUUUUGUUUAGGCAUUAUAGUUAUGUCUUCUCUUUAGAAAUCCUUUGUAACUGGACCAAUGUCAUGGUUAACUAUAGAAGGCCAUAUGAGUAUUUAUCACAUUAUUAACCUUAGCUAAAUUCAAAGCUGAAACGUACAUUAUUUCAAUUUACAAUUAAUGUUCCUGUGAAUUAAGUGAGCUCAUCAUCAUGUCCCUUAGCCCUUGGACCGUUAAGGCGCCACAGAUGACCUGUGAACUAUCCUCCUCCAUUUGUCUCUGUCUUCUGCACUACGCACACUGCAUCGCCUAGUUUUAGUCCCGUGAGCUCACAUCUCUGUAAAAAUCCCCUUUACAGCAGUAUCCUGUGAGGUUACCUUUAUUUUCUGAUGUACAUUUCAAAUAUAGUUUUAUGAAAAUACUGUAAUUUGUUUCUUUUAUUUAAUGUAAUGGUUAACCCUUUUGGUUUGAUAUCUGUCCUUCUGGGCAGUGUGUCAGUGUAAAUAAGGGUACAUUAUAUGUUAGGUAAAUGGUGCUAAGACUUAACAAUGGACUUAUGCCUUACCGAUCUAACAACACAACUUUUUUUGUUUAACCUGAAUUGGUUUUUUCUUAGUUGUACCCAUCAUUAAAGUUUUCUUCUGUCAUUCUUCGUUACAGACUGUUAUUGUGAAGUUAAAGCUGGAUAAAGAUCGUAAGAAGAUUUUGGAAAGGAAGGCCAUGAGUCGGGCAAAGGCAAUGGCUGAGAAGGGAAAGUAUACAGAAGAGACCAUGGAAAGUUAACUUCAUUGAACCUGAUUAAAAUAUUAAAUUUAAA